CAAUAGACCGGCCCGACCUUUUGUGAUUUGUGAAAGUGAGGGGUGUUAGGGGUGAAUCACAUCCCUCUGAAAUUCGCUUGAGAAAAAAGUCGGGCGAGCUUAUUGUGACCCGUAAUCGAUGCAUGGGCAUUCGAUUGGGCACCGUGUCUAGAGAGCUACAAUCCUUGUCGCGUUGUGGCAUUGUUUGCACAUCCUCUUAUCUCGCGCCCAUAUUCAUUACAGUUGGGACGCCAAAUUCCUGCUGAAAACGACGAAGAUUUCUCGCUACAACAGAAACUGGUAUAUUCACUGGAAAAUUCGAGAAUGAUUCUUAAUACUUCGCUUUUGGUUUUGUUGGGGGUGUCAAGCAUGGUGAGUGGACUCAAGCUUUGCGAUGAUCCCAUGCCGGCACCAGAAAUCAUCAAGCUCAGCGCAACCCCGACCCUGAACGCCAUGAACCGCCUUGUUGAGCUUGAAACUACCGUUCAGUUGAAAUCGAGCGUCCCAGUGCAGUGUAGAUGGGCAUCUUUUGGAGAGAUGCAUCAUGGUGGAAGGUUUGCUUCGCAGGAUUCCCAAGACUUCAUCUCGACAGUGGAAGAGUCAGGGGACCUGUACACUUUCAAAGUACUGGAUAAACUGAGCGGUAACGACAACAACAUCACCAAAGUCUUGGCCGAACUUAUGAUUUACUUGGACGUCGGCGGAAGGGAAAAUUGCAAUGUAUAUACUAUCGUCAUGUGGUGGUCAAGAAUGAAGAAAAUGCACCAAGCUGGAAUUCAAUUCCCGACUGUUCUUCAGAUGCCGCGGACUCACUAUAUUGUUGACGACAAUGCGCCGAACGAGUUGAUGACGGUUCUAUCUCCGAUCACAGAAAAUCCUAGUGAAUUUGAUUACGCUGCGUUUUGCUAUGAGACCUACGUACGUACCAACGGAAAGCUUGAAUUCACGCAAAGGAAUGGUUAUGAAAGGAAGGGUAAUGUUUUCGAAUCUGUCGUCCAGGCGAGGCAAGAUGAAAACAUUGGCCGCGGCUGCACCGUCACCCUCAGUGAUUCUGUCGAAAGUCUCCUAAUGCCUUUUUCAUUGCGGGUCAAACGCGGGAGCUACGGUGAGCCAGAUUACUUUGAUUUUAGGCUCUACUUUGACGUUGAGUUUCGUCGCCCUAAUGUCCAAGGCGUGGCUUUAACCGUGACUGGAGGCGAUAGGGUCAUCUCUAGGAAGGGCGUGAUUGUGGUUACAGCUUCAAAGAAUAUGACACAGCUAAAAUGCAUGGCGGAUGCAACGAAAACCCCAGCUGUAACUGCACAGAGUAUCAAUUAUACAAUCGGAACUUUUAGACUCUUGAAACCACAUCCUGACAAGUUGCAAAUCAAUGAAUUCCAUCGAUACGCGCUGUUUAGAUUCGAAAGCCCCAAAGAAACCAACGAAGAAGCGGAUUACGAGUGCAUAGCAAGAGGCGGAAAUGAGGCCAUCAUCCAGGAAAUCAAGGUGAUCAGAUAUGGAGCUGUCAAGCUGAAGGAGGAGCAGAUGGUGGUAACGAACUCCUUAUACGCUGAUUCUGAUACCAUGACACUGAGCUGCGAGACCACUUCGGGGGAUCCAAAACCAGCCAUCAGGUUCUACGGGUCACCUCCGAAAAUUUCAUGGACCAUGCCCGAAGACUACUUCGAGAACAACAAGGGUUACGAAAUCGUCAACUCCAAAUUCUUUAAGGUUGUCUAUACCACAGCUGAGAAUGGUCAGGCAAAAGGGACGCUGACUAUCAAGAACAUGGACCAAGCUACACCCGCGGACUUGAAAGGAUACGAUGCGAGGUGGGGAAGCUAUAGAAUUGUCUGUGUCGCGUAUAAUACGUAUGCUAUGGAUGAUGAAAUUUUGGCAUUUUGGUAUUUGUAGGAUCUUAUUCCGAGGGCUAAAUACAGUUAGAUGGGUUUCUCCCAGCUUGUAAAUUUCAAAUUUGGUAUUAACUAAGACUAGGGCAAAUCGAAUACAAUGUACUUCUCGACACUACGGUAAGCUUUUGGUAGUGACUUCAUGACAUUAAACUAUGAAUUCAUAUA